GCAACUUGCAAGCAGUCAAUGCUUUUUCUUUUGCUGAAGCUACUUCUCUGCUGCAACUUUUGCUCUCAGUCAUUUUCUUAUGACAAAAGUAAACAGUUUUAUACCCGAAUGGUGGAGAUAGGCAAAGCACUUGUCCAAGAUACUAAAAGCUAGCGACUCUACAAAAAGAACCGUCCAUACCCACAAGGCUCCAUGGAUCUCACAAGCCCCAGAUGCUUUCAAGCUCCAUCUUUUAUCUCAUCUAGUGGGGAACCGCCAUUAGAGGGCAGUACAAGCUUCUACGGGAAAAGUAAAACCAACCCAUUUGCAGACGCCUUCCCUGAUCCUCUGUGCAAGCUUAAUCUCAAAGAGACCUCUGAGUUUGUCAAGUCAUUCCCAGUACCAAGCAAUGCCAGCUCAGAAGGCAACAGAGGUUUUCUUGACACUUCAGCUCAGAGGAGGGAGGGAGUGAGCUCUGUCACACAGAGGAGAUUGGAAGCUCCUCCUACUCCUGGAAGACCUGUUUUCAGCUUCAGUGUUGGGAAUUUUGCAAGAAAGAGCUUUCCUUCAAAGUGGGAUGAUGCAGAGAAGUGGCUCAUCAGUACCUCUUGCCAUGACUCUCCUGCUCACACCAUAAAGCCAUCAGCAGACUCCACUAAGAUUGUUAAUGCCAACCAAGGUGACAACUUUAAGCAACAAAUGGAGGUGUUUGCUGAAAAAACAAGGGUCGCAGAGGAAAAAGUGUCAAAGACAGUCUCAAGCUUUCAACGCUGUGCCUCUUUGAACAAUCAUAACUCUGGCAAAGCUUUCAAUAGGGUCUCAACCUCAACUGAUGUACUUCUAAAAGAUAAGUUUGUGGACGAUAUAGAACGAGUUUUGCCCAAUUCCAGGUACUUAGAGCCAACCAAAGAAGGCUUUCUAUUCAAAAACUCAGCUUGUGAAACCAUGAAAGACGCAGGCACAGAAGAGGUUCAUCAUCUACAACAUCGAGAUGUUGGGACAGAGAUGACGCCUCUUGGCAGUUCGACAACUUCAAGGUGCCACACACCAUUCAAGUGCUCGUCGCCCGCGCGCCAUAAUACUCCUGCAAAUCGGUCAGGGCCAUUGGCUUUGGGGUACUCUAGCAGCACUAAUAACACCAUUGACAUUGCCCAGUUGCAGGAGUGCCUUGGGACACAAUAUGAUUCAACUGCAUCGAAUUGGAACUCAAGGGAAGAGGAGGAAGUGGAAAUAUCAAAGAGCUUGAGACAUUUCGAAACAAGCCAUCCAUGCCGUGAAAGUAUUUCUGAAUCUAGAGCUGCUGCCUGGGAAGAGGAUGAAAACAACAAAUGCUGCCUUAGGUAUCAGAGAGAAGAAGCCAAAAUCCAAGCCUGGGUCAACCUCCAAAGUGCAAAAGCAGAAGCUCAGUCAAGAAAGCUUGAGGUGAAAAUACAGAAGAUGAGAUCAAACCUGGAGGAGAAGUUGAUGAAGAGGAUGACAAUUGUGCAUAGAAAAGCUGAGGAAUGGAGAGCAACAGCAAGGCAGCAACACUCUGAACAAAUUAACAAGGCCACAAACAAUGCACAGAAGAUGAUAAAUAGGCAUAACCCUCAUUUUUCUGGCCACAUUUCUUGCGGCUGCUUCCCUUGCAAUACCCAUUAACCAAUCAUGAAAAACAAAGAAGGAAAAUUGCAUAGAAAAUGUUCCUUGCUGUGUACUUCUAGCCUCAUAAUGAAACCAGAAAAAGAAACAGCAGUUAU